GUAAUUAAUCGGGCCAUCUUGACAUUUCUAUAAAACUCACUACCCAAACCUGCUCCCUCUUCGUUUCUUCAUCUUCGUCUCUUCAAAUUCAAGAAGCAAUAAACCUUCCUUCAUUCAACCAUGACGUUUCCUUAUCUCGAAGCCGUCGUAGGUUUUAUGAUACUGAUGUACUUCUUUGAAACCUAUUUGGAUUUACGUCAACAUGCUGCUCACAAAUUGCCAACACUUCCUAAACCUUUGUUAGGAGUGAUAAGCCAGGAGAAAUUUGAAAAAUCUCGGGCAUAUAGUCUUGAUAAAAGCGGCUUUCAUUUUGUUCAUGAAUUUAUAACAAUAGUGUUAGAUUCUGGAAUUUUGUACUUUGGGAUACUGCCGUGGUUUUGGAAGAAAUCAGGAGACUUUUUGGUGCAUGCAGGUCUUAAUGCUGAGAAUGAAAUAUUGCACACCUUGGCUUUCUUAGCUGGUGUUAUGAUUUGGUCACAGAUCACGGACUUGCCAUUUUCUCUUUACUCAACUUUUGUGAUUGAGGCACGCCACGGAUUUAACAAGCAAACGAUAUGGUUAUUUUUCAAAGAUAUGGUGAAGAGUAUCAUCCUUGCAGUUGUGAUUGGACCUCCUAUUGUAUCUGCAAUCAUCUUCAUUGUACAGAAAGGUGGUCCUUACUUGGCGAUCUAUCUCUGGGGAUUCAUGUUUGUUCUGUCUAUUGUAAUGAUGACCUUAUAUCCGAUUUUGAUUGCUCCUCUUUUUAACAAGUUUACCCCGCUUCCCGACGGAGAGUUGAGGACGAAAAUCGAAGAUCUUGCCUCUUCACUGAAAUUUCCCUUGAAGAAAUUGUUCGUAGUUGAUGGAUCGACUAGGUCAAGCCAUAGCAAUGCUUACAUGUAUGGUUUCUUCAAUAACAAGCGUAUAGUCCUCUAUGACACUUUGAUUCAGCAGUGCAAGAAUGAUAAGGAGGUUGUUGCUGUUAUUGCACAUGAACUAGGGCAUUGGAAACUCAAUCAUACCAUGUAUUCCUUCAUUGCUGUGCAGAUUCUUACAUUCUUGCAAUUUGGAGGAUACACUCUUGUGAAAAAUUCAAAGGACCUAUUUGAGAGCUUUGGAUUUCAUGAUACACAGCCGGUGCUCAUUGGUCUCAUCAUUUUUCAGCACACUGUGAUACCUCUCCAGCACCUUGUAAAUUUUGCUCUGAAUCUCGUGAGCAGAUCUUUUGAAUUUCAGGCCGAUGCUUUUGCAAAGAACCUAGGUUAUGCAAAUGAACUCAAGGCCGGUCUUGUAAAAUUACAGGAGGAGAACUUGUCUGCAAUGAAUACAGAUCCAUGGUACUCGGCUUAUCACUAUUCACACCCACCCCUCGUUGAAAGAUUAGCCGCACUUGAUGAAGGUGACAAGAAAGACGACUGAGAAAAGUGUGACUAAAGCCGAGGAUGUAAACUCGCUGGUGUAUGUAGCACUACUUUUUCACUACAGAUGAAAUUGUUAGUCUGUUUAUCAGACUUCCACUGAUUUUAGACUUUGUACCUAAUACUUAUGCAACUUAGCACUACAGGCCAACAGGGAAAGCAUGGGUUGGGGAUUCACAUGUAUGAAUUUUGCCAUAGUUUGAUUAUUAAUGGUCAUAGUCUUGCUUCUUUUUC